GGUUACUCUUUGGCUGUUGAGCGACUCUUUGGUUGUUUACUUUUCUUGCUUGUUCCCACCGAGCUCGGUACUAAAGUUGAAAUAUGAAAGCUCCGUUUCACGUUAUUCUUAAUAAAUAUGCUGCUAAACUAAUUUAGGUGAACAUACGGACCGGGUUUUAAUCGAUUUGUAAUCAGACUGAUCGAGUUAGAGCUUCUCUUCCGCUGAGAGCAGAGGUCACUGCGACAGCCGUUUGAGACGAUGGCGAAUCCUCUAAGGUCAGAGGUCGUCCGACUUUAUAAAAAUCUGCUGUACCUGGGCAGGGAGUACCCUAAAGGCAGCGAGUACUUCAGGGACCGUCUGAGGUCUGCGUUCUCCAGGAACAGAGCAGAGAGCGACCCUCAGGCGAUCCGAGAGAUGAUCCUCCGCGGGGAGUUCGUGUCCCGAGAGCUGGAGGCGCUUUACUACCUGAGGAAGUACCGCGCCAUGAAGAAGAGAUACUACGAGGAGUGAGGACGCCCGGGGACAGAGAGACACCAACGAGGAGUCACGAGAAGAGACAGAGACACCUUGUAGAAAUAGGAUUUAUUUUUAUCAGACUUAACAUAAAAACAGAACAAAUUAAAACGUCUUUAAUGUCUGCUUUCUGCUUCAGGAUCAAAGAUUUAAAUAAAAAGUUAAAAUAAAAA